UAAAAAGAUGUGAUUUGGAGGAGCCUAGUGUAGGCUUUGGGUACGUUCUGUGGUGAUUCUGUAGAGAGAGGCAGCGAGAAGAAAGAAGAGAGAGAGGAAUUCACUCUUUAAUGAGUGUACGGCUGUGCACGCAGCCAGAGAAAAGAGACAGAACGAAGGGAAGGAAAUAAGAAAAACGUGGGGAUAGAUUUGAAGCACAAAACAAGUAAAAGCCAAGGAGGGACACGAACCGGAGACGAAACAAACCGCUGCAAUUAACAAUCAACCAAAGGAUUGCUAAUUUUUCCCGUUAUUGACGCGUAAACGAGGCUAUUUGUAGGGGAAUUGAUGGUGUCUCCACUGAGCAGAAGUCUAACGGACCUUGCAGAGGGGAGGAAUUGGAAGGCACUCGGCUGAAUCAUGCUGCUGUUGUUGUGGAUAAUAACUUUGGCUUUCAGUUUUAACAAAGUGUGGACUGUGAGGUUCUCUCAGGAGCCAGCAGACCAGUCUGUUGUUCUAGGGGGGAGGGUGGUUCUGUCCUGUGUCGUCUUCAACUACAGCGGCAUCGUACAGUGGACCAAGGAUGGAUUAGCACUGGGCAUCGGAGAGGGCCUCAAGGCCUGGCCCAGGUACCGUGUGCUGCGGGUGAUAGACGUGGGCCAGUACAACCUGGAGAUCUCUGCUGCUGCGCUGUCUGAUGACUCCCUGUAUGAGUGCCAGGCCACAGAGGCUGCCCUGCGCUCCCGGAGAGCCAAACUCACCAUCCUCAUCCCUCCAGAUGACCCAGUGAUCGAGGGCUUUCCAGAGAUCCUGCUGAGAGCCAAUGCCUCGUACAACCUGAGCUGUGUGUCCCGCGGGGCCAAGCCACUGGCCCUCAUCGAGUGGCAGCGGGACGGGGUGGCCCUGGAGGGAGCCUUUAGUUCCACUGAGGUUCUCCCAGACAGAAAGAGAGUGACGACCCGGAGUUUCCUACCCAUCAUCCCAGAGGACAAAGACACUGGACGCAACUUUACCUGUGUGGCCAGCAACCGGGCUGUCCCCAUGGGAAAACGCACCACCGUCACCCUCAACGUCCACCACCCCCCCAAGGUGAACCUAUCCAUGGAGCCUCAGUCUGUCCUGGAGGGAGAGAGAGUCACCUUCACCUGCCAGGCCACCGCCAACCCCCCCAUCAUGGGCAUCCGGUGGGCGAAGGGUGGUGUUCUCCUGGAGGGGAUGAGAGACAGUGUGUUUGUGACUACAGCAGACCAUUCCUUCCACACCGAGCCUGUCUCCUGCUCAGUCUUCAACGCUGUGGGGCACACCAACCUCAGCAUCCUGGUCAACGUACACUAUGGUCCUCUCCUGAAGGGGGCGCCCACGCCGAUUACGGUGGACAUUGACUCUGACGCCAAACUCAACUGCAAGUGGACCGGGAACCCUCCUCUUACACUCACCUGGACCAAGAAGGGCUCUAGCAUGGUCCUCAGUAACAACGAGGAGCUGGUCCUGAAGUCAGUGAGCCAGGUGGAUGCGGGUCAGUACGUGUGUAAGGCCAUCGUCCCCAGGAUCGGAGUGGGAGAGACUGAGGUCACUCUUACAGUCAACGGCCCUCCCAUCAUCUCCAGUGAACCAGUCCAGUACGCAGUGAGAGGGGAGAGAGGGGAGGUCAAGUGCUACAUUGCCAGCACCCCUCCACCUGACAAGAUUGUGUGGGCAUGGAAGGAGAACGUAUGGGAGAAGGAGAAGGGGACUCUGUUGGAGAGGUACACGGUGGAGCAGAGUAAACCUCACUCCCAGGGAGGAGCUGUUCUCUCCACCCUCACCAUCAACAACGUCAUGGAGUCUGACUUCCACUCUCCGUACAACUGCACCGCCUGGAACGCCUUCGGACCCGGGACCAUGAUCAUCACCCUGGAGGAGAAAGAGAUAGUACCAGUGGGGAUUAUAGCUGGUGGAACAGUUGGAUCCUCCAUCCUGCUCCUGAUCUUUCUCCUGGCUCUAGCCUUCUUCCUCUACCGCCAACGGAAAGGCAGUCGUCGUGGGGUCACUCUGGGGAAGCCGGACAUCAAGGUGGAGACAGUCAACAAGGAGACACAUAGUCUGGAGGAGGAGUCGGGCAGUGUUUCCACGGCAACGCGCAUGGUCAAGGCCAUGUAUUCCUUUCUACCCUCUGUCUCCCUCUCUCCCUCCACUCAGCCAUUCAAAGACGAUAUGGAUCUGAAGCAGGACCUGCGCAGUGAGCUCGAUACCCGCGAGGAAUACGAACUCAAGGACCCAACGAACGGCUACUAUAACGUCCGGGCGACCACCCACAACGAGGCCAGGCCGUCCUCCCACUCCAUGCUGUACCAGGGAGAGUUCCGGACCUCCAACCCUCCAGGGGGAGCUACAGGUGCUACCUCCAGUGGCCCAGCAGGGGGUCCCGGAGGGGCAGUGGCUGCAGGAGGGGUCCCAGGAGUCCCAGGGUCAAGGGCAGGGUGCUAUGACCCCAGACCUCCAUCCAGGAUGUCUCAUACCAACUACCCCCAGUUCAACACCUUCACCAGGGCAGGCCCGAGCCAAGUCCCGCCCAACACCAACCACCCCUCCAACCCCUCCCACCCCGCCCACCCCUCCCAUCCUGCCUCACAGACCACCGACUUCCCCGGAGACUGCGGACUAUUGGACAACAACAGUCAGCUGACCUAUGACAACUAUGGCUAUCCCGCCCAGUACUCUACCUAUCGGAUGGGCUUUGCCCCGCCCCUGGAAGGAGGGCCGGCCUAUGAGGUCUACCCAACUGGACAAGGGGUGGGACCAGGGCCAGUGCAAGGACCAGUCCAAGGACAAGGCCCAUGUCCGGGUCCUGAAACUGUGCUGGGGAAUUAUGGGGCAACCCGCUUCUCCUACACUUCUCCUCCUAGUACUGACUACUCUCCUCCUGGUACUGACUACUCUCCUCCUGGUACUGACUACUCUCCUCCUGCUACUGACUACUCUCCUCCUGGUACUGAGUACAACCAGAGACACACUCAGAGGAUGCAGACACACGUGUGAGAGAGAUGUAUUCUGUAAUACAUAGUGAUACUUGUUUUCAUACAUGCGUACAUACAUAUAAACACAGACACACACACAAACACACACACACACUUGUUGGAGAGAUAAAUGUAUUCUCUCUAUGCUUUCUGUAUCGCAUACAUACACACACAAACAAACUCAAACAAUCUGACACAGUUUCUCUCAAAUGUUUUAUUGUGUGCAAUCUUCAGCUCCAAGAGCUGAAAAAGCGAAAGCCACAAUCAAGAGGGGAGACAUGAUAAGAGAAAGAGAGGCUGGAAGUACUUUUCUUAAACUAAGAGGGGAUUCAGCAGAGGUUGAUUACUUACAUGUUAAUAGACAGUGUCCAGAUCCAUCUCUUCUCUAUUGGAAUUUCCAUCCCUCUCUCUUUCCUCUCACACCACCUCUGUAUAUAAUCUCAGUGGGGUAGAUGAUUUUAACCUUAGUAUAACCUUGUAUAAACGUACUGUAUACAGAUACAGCUGCUGAACUUUUCUCCUUAUUUUACACCCUCUUACACGCCUUUAAAUUCACAGAAACACACACACACACACACACACACACACACACACACACACACACACACACACACCCUCUUACACGUUGAAAGAGACAGUGUUGCGUCCCAGCUGUGCUCAGGCAAGGCGACAGCUUGUACUCCGUAUGUGGAGCUCUUUUUAACAUGCUUCUUCUCCAUGCCGCCACAAACUGCUCAACCGGCAUGGCCAAAGGGCUUCAAGAAGUGAAUUAAAGGGAAAUAUGGGGUGUCUCCCAAAUUUCACCAUAUUCCCUAUGUAGUGCACUACUUUUGACUGAGGCUCAUAGGGCUCUGGUCAAAACUAGUUCACUAUAUAGGGAAUAGGGUGCCAUUUGGGACAAAGACAAAGGCAUCAUGGUAUAACAGCCAUUACACCAAUAUGGCGAUUUGACAUCUGACAAGAUAAAGAAUGACCUUGUGCUUGACACCUAGAAGGUACGGUGAGGUAACUCUAACCAUGUUAACAGUGAGGUAACUCUCUCCAUGGUAACAGUGAGGUACUUCUCUCCAUGGUAACAGUGAGGUACCUCUCUCCAUGUUAACAGUGAGGUACCUCUCUCCAUGGUAACAGUGAGGUAACUCUCUCCAUGGUAACAGUGAGGUAACUCUCUCCAUGGUAACAGUGAGGUAACUCUCUCCAUGGUAACAGUGAGGUACCUCUCUCCAUGGUAACAGUGAGGUACCUCUCUCCAUGUUAACAGUGAGGUACCUCUCUCCAUGUUAACAGUGAGGUACCUCUCUCCAUGGUAACAGUGAGGUACCUCUCUCCAUGGUAACAGUGAGGUACCUCUCUCCAUGGUAACAGUGAGGUAACUCUCUCCAUGGUAACAGUGAGGUACCUCUCUCCAUGGUAACAGUGAGGUGUAUGUGUGGACUGUAUGGACAAUGAAAUAGGGUUUGUAUACAGUAUACCACUUACAGCAUGUAGAGCAACCUAUAGGGGAAGAACGGAGCUGUAGCAGGCUUCUUCAAAUGCUUCUUCCUCCUCCUCUGUAUUUUCUAUCUCAUCGCAAUACAUAUCUACCCCACAUUUCACUCAUCUGAGGUCAAUACGGUGUGUUUGGGAAGCGGGGGAAAGAGCUUUUGUGAUAAAAUGAAUCUUUACAGUUUGUACAAAUUCCCCCAACCCCCCCACCCUCAAAUAUUAUUGUAUUUGUCUCUGUCACUUGCACAGUAGAGUAGAUCUUUCCCCAUAUUUAUACCUAAAUAGAAGAAAAAGAAGCAAAAAAACCAACACAUUCAGAAAAGUUUUAUAGUAUUUUUAUAAGGGGUUGCAGACCAAAGGUUCAGAGGUUUGGGUGACAUUCACUUGUACAAUUCGAUGUUCUGAGGCUUCUGUGUCCAGGUUCAUUCACUGUUGAGUUUCUAUCUGGUCAUGUUGUUGUUUUUGUAGACUAGGUCUGUGUCCCAAAUGGCACCCUGUCCCCUAUAUAGUGCACAACUUUUGACCAGAGCCCUAUGGGCUCACUGGCUCACCAUAGGGCUCUUGUCAAAAGUAGUGCACUAUAUAGGGAAUAGGGUGCCUUUUGGGAUGUAGUCAUGAUGGUGUAGUCUUGAAACUAAAGCAUCAAGGGCUCUUGGGGGGGAAAAUAAAAUUGUACUCUACGUG